AUGGCACCUUCUCUACCUCACCCCAAGAUUGUUAAGAAGCACGCUAAGGCCUUCAGACGUUACCAAUCUGAUCGUUUUAAGAGAGUGCCUGAAUCUCACAGAAAGCAAAGAGGUAUUGACUCUUGUGUGAGAAAGAAGUUCAAGGGCUACCCAGCUGAACCAAAGAUUGGUUAUGGUUCUAACAAGAAGACUAAGCACUUGUCUCCAUCUGGUCACAAGGUUUUCCUAGUGGCUAACGUUAAGGAUUUGGAAGUUUUGACCAUGCACUCCAAAUCUUACGCAGCUGAAAUUGCUCACAACGUUUCCUCCAGAAAGAGAGUUGAUAUCUUGGCUCGUGCUAAGGCCUUGGGUGUUAAGGUCACUAACCCUAAGGGUCGUUUGUCUCUAGAGGCUUAA